UGAAGAUAAUUUUGGGGAUGUCAUGCCUGGACUUAAGACUUUUGUAGUCAAGUUUAUGAUCAGAAUGUCAAAGGAUUUUGCCACAUCAUCUCUUAAACGUGAAGUGGCUGCAGAGAAUCAAGAAGAUAUUUCAAUGGAAGAAACACUGCAGGAAUAUCAGAUUGAUAAGAGAAAGCUAUGGGAACAAAGCUAUUACCCUUAUUUGUUCUUGAAUGAAGAUGGUAUGACAAUCACAUUUGUUGGUUUUAAUGUCACUUGUACUGGAGACCUAAUGGAUCCUGUUAAAGGUUUGAUAAUAGAAGCAGGAGUAAUGAAACCACAACUGCACACUGGGCUGCAACAUAAUCUGGUCAAUCUUUCUGAAAAUUAUCAAUCCUGGCAAAAGGACACUAUGAUAGAAAAGAUUGGAAUGGUAAUGGGUCUUGAAUGGAGCUGGGACCCAGACCCUACUUAUGUACUGACAGUUGAUAAUGUAAUCAAAAUAAUGGCAAUACAUAUGAGAUUCAGGUGUAAUAUACCAGUAGUUAUAGUGGGUGAGACUGGUUGUGGUAAGACAAGACUGAUCAGGUACAUGUGUGACCUUGCUGCCAGAGGCUGUAAAGAUGGACGAAGUCACGUCCAAAACAUGCUUAUUAUGAAAGUUCAUAGUGGUACUUUAGAAAGUGAUGUUAUUAAAAAAGUAGAAGAGGCUGAAAAGAUUGCAGCUAAGAAUAGAAAUGAUCAUGGAAUUGAUACAAUAUUAUUCUUUGAUGAAGCUAAUACAAGUGAUGCUAUUGGCCUAAUAAAGGAAGUGAUGUGUGAUAGGAGAAUUAAUGGCAGACUAAUUGAAGCUGAUGUUAAGUUUAUUGCUGCAUGUAAUCCUUAUAGGAAACAUACUGAUAAGAUGAUUAGUAAGCUUGAAUCAGCUGGUCUUGGAUUCUUUGUAAAAGCAACAGAGACUCAGCAGAAGUUAGGUAAAAUCCCACUCAGACAGCUAGUGUAUAGAGUACUGGACUUGCCUCCCAGCAUGAGACCAUUAGUGUAUGACUUUGGACAGUUGAACAAUGCAACAGAGAAGGACUAUACAAGACAGAUAGUGAAAGAUAGGUGUCAUGUUAUUUCUGAAGUUACUGGUCAAACAGCUGUCAUAGAGUCUGUGGCUUAUGUACUGGUGUGGUCACAAAAAUACAUGAGAGGAAGAAAUGUAUGACUGCAUAAUAAUUAAUGUUAAAGGGUAACCACCAUGUAUUUUUAGGGUAUUUUUUAUAGGCUUAAUAU